CUCUCAAGCUAUUGGCUCCUCUCUGGGGAGCGGAGGGUGUUCAGUUAUUAAUGACCGCUGAGCAGGCAGCACCAUGUCAGCGUGACAACUGAUCGGGCGAACGAUGCACCACUAACCACCAUGGAAACCAGGAGAAAGAAGAAGAAACGCUAGCAGGCAUCUCCCCCUCUCUCUCUCUCUCUUUCUCCCUCCCUGGCUCCUGUGGAUUGUCAGCUUCCGUCAGCCAGCAACAGAGCUCUGGAAAAAGUAAAGGAUCUCAGCCGGCAGCACAGAUUUCCUCACGCUACGGGAUAUAGAAAGACAACCGUACUGUAGUAUCUGUGCAUGCAUCUCCUUGGCUCCCUCUCCUUAGCAGCAAUAUGUGGUUAUCUGAAGUAAGGAAUCCAAACAUACAGGACCAUUUCAGGACCGAAACUCUUCCGGCAGGGCCUCUUUUCCAUAACAACAAAAAAGAAGGAAGAUAUGGGAUGUAAAAGCAACACUACUAUAUAAUUUGUCUGCACCCUGUUCAACAACAUUCUGAAUGGACUUCACUUUCAAAUGCAUCUCAGUAUUUAUCCUUAUGAAGAGAGUAACAUAAUUCCCAAAACAUGUUUCUCAUAAUGAGAGAGAGUGAUUGCAAGGAUGCCACUUAUUUCCAAGGAGAUUGUUGUGCUUCUUCAUCAUGCAUCAUUUUAACAAUGAAAGUAUUUGUCUUAUCAAAUGACUGACUCUUAACUGAUUUUUUAAAAAAACUAAUUGUGUGAUCCUUAAAUGCCAAUUACUCUUCAGGAAUACUGAGCUAAAAUGAAGGACAUGCCACUCAUAAUUCAUUUUUUACUUGGCCUAACUACCAUCGCUCCAGUAUACACUGUGGAUAAGAAAGAAGACUGCCCUCACACAUGUAUGUGUGAAGUAAGGCCGUGGUUUACUCCAAGAUCUAUAUACAUGGAAGCUUUGACAAUAGACUGCAAUGAUGUUGGCCUCUCUGCCUUCCCUACCAGAUUGCCUGCUGAGACACAGGUCCUACUCCUACAGGCAAACAACAUUACAAAAUCUGAAUAUGCAUCACACUUCCCAGUAAACCUUACUGGCUUGGAUUUAUCUCAGAACAGUUUGUCCUCAGUGGCCAAUAUUGAACUUGGAAGGAUGCCCCAACUGCUCUCACUGUAUCUUGAAGAAAACAAACUCAUGGAGCUGCCUAACAAAUGUCUGUCUGGACUAACCAAUCUCCAAGAGCUCUAUAUUAACCACAACCUGAUUUCCUCAAUUGCACCAGGAGCCUUUAUGGGCCUGGAUAAUCUUCUUAGACUUCAUCUCAAUUCAAAUAGUCUGCAAAUGAUUAACAGCAAAUGGUUUGAAGCAAUUCCUAAUCUUGAAAUUCUAAUGAUUGGAGAAAAUCCCGUAAUCAGAAUUGAAGAUAUGAAUUUUAAGCCCCUUAUCAAUCUGCGCAGCCUGGUUUUAGCAGGCUUAAAUAUCACAGAAAUACCAGAUAAUGCCUUGGCUGGCCUUCACAAUUUAGAAAGCAUCUCUUUUUAUGACAACAGAUUAGUUAAAGUCCCCCACACAGCUCUUCAAAAUGCUACGAACCUUAAAUUUUUGGAUCUAAACAAGAACCCUAUUAACAGAAUACGAAGAGGGGAUUUUAGAAAUAUGGUACACCUUAAAGAAUUGGGGAUUAAUAACAUGCCUGAACUUAUAUCUAUAGAUAACCUGGCAGUUGACAAUUUGCCAGAUCUGAGAAAAAUAGAAGCAACUAAUAACCCCAGAUUAUCAUACAUCCACCCAAAUGCAUUCUUUCGACUUCCCCAUUUGGAAUCACUUUUGCUAAACAGCAAUGCGCUAAGGGCCCUGUACCGCAGUACUAUCGAGUCUUUGCCUAAUCUCAAGGAAAUCAGCAUACACAGCAACCCAAUUCGAUGUGAUUGUGUCAUUCGAUGGAUUAACAUGAAUAAAACUAGCAUCAGGUUCAUGGAGCCAGAGUCAUUAUUCUGUGUGGAUCCUCCUGAAUUUCAAGGUCAGAAUGUGAGGAAGAUUCAUUUUAGGGAAAUGAUGGAAAUCUGCCUUCCACUGAUAGCCCCAGAAAGUUUUCCCUCAAACCUGAAUUUAGAAACAGGCAGCUACAUUUCUUUACAUUGUAGAGCAACAGCAGAACCAGAACCUGAGGUAUACUGGAUAACUCCAUCAGGACACAAGCUAUUGCCAAACACGGUUUCUGCCAAAUACUAUGUACAUUCGGAAGGAACACUGGAUAUCAGUGCUAUAACACAUCAAGAAAGUGGUCUAUAUACAUGCAUCGCAACUAAUUUAGUUGGUGCAGAUUUAAAAUCUGUUAUGAUUAAUGUGGAUGGUUCUUCUCCCUGGGAUAACCAUAUAUCUUUGUCUAUUAAAAUAGAAGAUGUGCGAACUAAUUCUGUGCUACUGUCCUGGAAAGCAAAUUCUAAAUUGGUGAAAUCUGCCAUUAGAUGGGCUGCUUUUCCCAAACAUGGAAACUCUCUGACUUCUCAGAGCGUUCGCAUCCCUUCCCAUGUAAAGGUGUAUAAUUUUACACAUCUCACCCCACUGACGGAAUAUACAAUUUGUAUGGACAUCCCCACUGUCCAACUGCAGAAUGCAAAGCAAUGUAUCAAUGUCACCACGAAAGGAUUGGACCCGGCAAUGACAAAUUAUGAGAAAAGGAAUAUUAUCACAUUUCUGGCCUGCCUUGGGGCUCUUUUGGGAUUUAUAUAUGUAGUAUCUCUCUUCAGUUGCAUCUCUCGUGAAAUGAACUGUGAUGCAGGACACAGCUAUUUAAGGAAUUACCUGAAGAAACAAUCCUUUUCGUUCAGUGAGCUUUAUCCUCCUCUAAUUAGCCUUUGGGAUACUGGCAAAGAAAAAAGCACAGCACUCGAAGUCAAAGCAACAGUGAUAGGAGUUCCGGCUAACUUGUCAUGAAAUAUCAGUGUUGCUGUACUUAACAUUUUAAAAUUAUUUACACAGGACUACAGUUAUGAUCAACAAAAAAGCAAAACAAAAAUAUUCCUCUAUAUAAGCAUCACAGGCUUGGACUCAGCUAAUGGGAAUAUAUUCAAAUAAGAAUAAUUUAUUGGUGUGGUAUUUUUUUUAAAAAAACACAAACACCUGUCUUCAAAGAGUACUGUGCCAACCAGAUUGUUUUAUAGGACUUUAUAGUGUUACUUCUUAUACUCUAAGAAGCACUUAAUACUGUUGCAACAGUGCAAGUAGGAGAGAAAAUUUUCUGUUUUUGUUGUUUUUUAAAAAAUAAAUAAAUAAAUGUAGGAAUAGUGGAACUGAGUAAUAUGACCCUCCUGUGUUGUAUGACACACACUAGCCACGAUUUCUGUUCUGUUUUGGGUUUGUUGGGGAUUUUUUUAAAGUGAUCGGAUGAAAUUAGAAUUGACCCAUGGUGUAACAAAAUGGAGAAAUUCUGUAGAGUAGAUAAUGUGACUAUGUGAAACUUUUUUAAUGAGCAAAAAUACAUUUUUGAUUACAGCCAAAA